GAUGGGCAUUGCGUAAAAAUUCAGUGUAUAAUAACCGAAGUGGAGGUAAACAGAUAUUAGAUAUAGUCAAAAAAAUGUUUAAACAAAUGUUUUUGCAAGGGAAUAUUCAUGCUAAGGACCGGAUGACAGCUACUAAUAUGUAUAAUAGAUUGAAAGAAUUUGCAGAUAAUGGUGAGUUAAAACAAGAUGAAGUGCCAAAAAUCUUAACUAUCCAAAGAUGGAUACCAUGGUACAACAAAAUGUUUUUAGAGCAGGCUACAUGA